UGGCAGUGUGUCAGGGCAGACAUGGCGGAGCAGCCGGAGCAGCCGGAAUUGAGCGGUCUGAGCGAGGAGGAGGCUCACAGCGUCUGCCGGGACCCGGACCCCAGCACCAAGGACUUCAUGAUGCAGCAGACGAUGCUCCGGAUAAAGGAUCCCAAGAAAUCUCUGGACUUUUACACCAACGUUCUUGGAAUGACACUGCUCACUAAAUGCGAUUUCCCUGCCAUGAAAUUCUCAUUAUACUUUGUGGGCUACGAGGACAAGAAGGAUAUUCCUACGGACUCCAAGGAGAGGGUAGCGUGGACGUUUUCACGCAAGGCAACCAUUGAACUCACUCACAACUGGGGAACAGAAAACGAUGAGAAACCUUACCACAACGGCAACUCUGACCCCCGGGGAUUCGGUCACAUUGGCCUGGCUGUGCCUGAUGUGUAUGCUGCCUGUAAGAGAUUUGAGGAACUUGGAGUCACCUUUGUAAAGAAACCUGACGAUGGAAAAAUGAAAGGACUGGCCUUUAUUCAGGAUCCCGACGGCUACUGGAUUGAGAUUCUCAGCCCAAACAACAUGGUGUCUAUAAUUUAGAAAUCAUAUGGUACUUGAACAUGGGAUAAUACACAAAUAGUAAAUAUGCAUACGUUCAGCUGGGCUCUGUGCAAUGGAUAUGGUUCCCCACGUUCUAGCAUGUUGGUUAUUUCUAGAGUCCUGUGUAAGCCAAGCUUAUAACCCAGCGUGAGAGUUAAACAUCCUCCCGGAUUUUGUACAGUUAAAUCUGGGAUAUUCCAGCACCCCUCGCAAAUCUAAAAACCAAUUUUAUAAAUAUAUUGAAAGCUUCUUUUUCAUUUAUAAAACCUGAAUAAACGUUUAAUUUUCUGAAAUGGAAAUCUGGCAAAU